CCCUCGAUCGUUCCAUUUUUCGUCGUUCUUCUGUUGCGGCUUUACAAACAAAAGAAGGGAAGUAAAGCACCGUCAUCUUUGAAAAUACCAGUGCUUUUGUUUGUAAAACUUGGACUCAAAUCUGCCGCAGAAAUGGAGAUCGAUGAGGAAGAGUUCGAGCAGCCAACUUCCAGCAGCAGCCGUGGAGAGCGGAAGAGAUUCGAGGUGAAAAAGUGGAAUGCUGUGGCUCUGUGGGCUUGGGAUAUCGUAGUGGACAACUGCGCCAUUUGCCGUAACCACAUUAUGGACUUGUGUAUUGAAUGCCAGGCAAAUCAAGCAUCAGCUACCAGCGAAGAGUGCACUGUUGCCUGGGGUGUAUGUAAUCACGCAUUCCACUUUCACUGUAUCUCCCGUUGGCUGAAGACACGACAGGUUUGCCCGUUGGAUAACAGGGAAUGGGAAUUCCAAAAAUAUGGACAUUAGUAACCGGAUUCAGCACAUCUCAACAGGCCUUUCAUACUUUUAUGGCUAAUUUAAAGCAAAAAUGUUUCCGUGCAGAAGCUGACGAUUCAACUCAAAUUUUAGUUUCUAGAUCAGUGAAAUAAGAAACCUUGAUUUUGGGAGUUAACAUACCAUUGGAAUUAAACCGGUAAAUCAGAGUUCUC